AUGGUGGAGGGUGUGGAGCUCUCGGACGCCGUGCUGCGCUCCUACAGCGUCGCGCGCAACUUCGCCCCGCAGGAAGACGAGGAUCCGAACGUCCACAUCACGUCGCUGGACUUCCACCGCAAUGGCGAGCGAUGCGUCACGAGUCGCAGCGACGGAGUCAUGUCCAUGAUCAACUGUCUGAGUGGCACGGUCGCCAAGACAAUUUUGACCAAGAGAUAUGGCGUCGGCCUCGUGCGGUUCACGCACCACCCGGACUGCGUGAUCUUCUCGUCCGCGAACAGCGCAAACGAUAAUCGCAUUCGAUACCACUCGUUCUUUGACAACAAGUUUCUGCGUUACUACACUGGUCACACGGACAGAGUUACGUCGCUGAUGAUGCACCCCACCGCGGACCAAUUCCUAUCCGCAGGAAUGGACGGCACAAUUCGACUCUGGGAUAUCCGCAACUCCGACACUACGGCUAUCAUUCGAACUGAUCACUUGCCAGUUUCGCACGUGUGCGCCGCGUAUGACCAAGAGGGUGUGGUGUUUGGUGUUUACACGGACGACCACUUGAUCCGCAUGUAUGAUGCGAGGAACUACCAGGAAGGACCCUUUGCCAAGUUCUCGCUAUAUGAUGCGUCGAUCAUGGCAGCAGUCGAGCCCUUCCUCGCGCACAUGCAGGCACCCAACUUGAAUGCGAAGAAGCUGCACGCACUUGACCUAAAGUUUAGUCCCGACGGCAACCAGUUGCUUGUCACGACAAACCGCGGGGUGUUCAUUCAUUUGGAUGCGUUCGAGGGCAAGCUGCUGCACACGUUCAAAGAACACUGGUUGAGCCAAAGCCAGCGUAGUAAUCCCCAGUUAGGGUGCUGCUACUCUGCUGAUGCACUAUCGAGCCGUUGA